UUUCCCAUAAACCCCUUAUGGUUUGAGACACCAAAGGGUUUGUGUGUGUGGACGAAGUUGAGAGAGGAAAAUGGGAACAUCAGUGCAGGUAACGCCACUGUGUGGAGUGUACAAUGAGAACCCUCUCUCGUAUUUGGUCUCCAUUGAUGGCUUCAACUUCCUCGUCGACUGUGGCUGGAACGACCAAUUCGACCCCUCACUCCUUCAACCCCUCUCCAGGGUAGCAUCAACCAUUGAUGCUGUCUUGCUUUCACAUGCUGAUACACUUCACCUUGGUGCCCUCCCAUAUGCCAUUAAGCAGCUCGGACUCUCUGCCCCAGUUUAUUCAACUGAGCCUGUCUUCAGAUUGGGCCUUCUCACUAUGUAUGACCAGUACCUUUCAAGAAAGCAAGUGUCGGAAUUCGAUCUGUUCACAUUGGAUGAUAUUGAUUCUGCUUUCCAGAGUGUAACGAGGCUAACAUAUUCUCAGAAUCAUCAUCUGUCAGGCAAAGGAGAAGGAAUUGUGAUUGCACCUCAUGUUGCUGGACAUCUUUUGGGAGGUACUGUUUGGAAAAUUACAAAGGAUGGUGAGGAUGUCAUAUAUGCUGUUGAUUUUAAUCAUAGGAAAGAAAGGCAUUUGAAUGGAACUGCUCUUGGUUCUUUUGUGCGGCCUGCUGUUCUAAUAACUGAUGCUUACAAUGCUUUGAACAAUCAGCCUUACAGACGCCAAAAAGACAAAGAAUUUGGAGAUAUCUUAAAGAAGACUCUAAGAGCAGGUGGCAAUGUAUUACUACCUGUUGACACUGCUGGACGAGUGUUGGAACUUAUUCUGUUGUUGGAAUCGUAUUGGUCUGAUGAAAACAUGAACUACCCCAUAUACUUUCUUACAUAUGUUGCUUCCAGCACAAUUGAUUACGUGAAGAGUUUCCUUGAGUGGAUGAGUGAUUCCAUAGCAAAGUCUUUUGAAAAAACUCGUGAAAAUAUUUUUCUUCUGAAGUAUGUUACCCUUCUGAUUAACAAGACUGACCUUGACAAUGCUCCAGAGGGUCCAAAGGUGGUUCUAGCAUCCAUGGCAAGUUUGGAAGCAGGCUUUUCUCAUGAUAUAUUUGUUGAGUGGGCCAAUGAUUCAAAAAAUCUUGUGCUUUUUACUGAAAGAGGCCAGUUUGCCACACUAGCUCGUAUGCUCCAAGCUGAUCCACCACCAAAAGCUGUCAAAGUUGUUGUGUCCAAGCGUGUUCCUUUGGUUGGGGAAGAGCUUAUUGCCUACGAAGAAGAACAAGAUCGAAUAAAAAAAGAAGCUUUAAAAGCCAGUCUUAUAAAAGAGGAAGAACUGAAAACAUCUCAUGGGUCUGAUAAUAAUAAUAGUGAUCCAAUGGUCAUUGAUUCUGGCAAUAAUCAUGUACCACCAGAAGUGGCUGGUCCACGAGGUGGAGGAUACCGGGAUAUAUUUAUUGAUGGAUUUGUUCCCCCUUCCACGAGUGUUGCUCCAAUGUUUCCCUGUUAUGAGAAUACAUCAGAAUGGGAUGAUUUUGGUGAAGUCAUAAAUCCAGAUGAUUAUGUAAUUAAGGAUGAAGACAUGAAUCAGAUUGCAAUGCACGGAGGUGGUGAUAUAAAUGGAAAACUUGAUGAAGGUGCUGCAGGUUUAAUACUUGAUACAAAGCCAUCAAAAGUUGUAUCUGAUGAAAGGACUGUGCAAGUUAAGUGUGUAUUGGUUUACAUGGAUUUUGAGGGACGUUCAGAUGGAAGAUCCAUUAAAAAUAUUCUAUCUCAUGUGGCUCCCUUGAAGCUGGUUUUGGUGCAUGGGUCAGCAGAAGCUACAGAGCAUCUGAAGCAGCACUGCCUGAAGCAUGUUUGUCCUCACGUUUAUGCUCCCCAAAUUGAUGAGACAAUUGAUGUGACCUCUGAUUUAUGUGCUUACAAGGUUCAACUAUCUGAGAAGCUAAUGAGUAAUGUACUCUUCAAAAAGCUGGGAGAUUAUGAAGUAGCUUGGGUAGAUGCUGUAGUAGGGAAGACAGAAAACGACAUGCUUUCUCUGCUCCCUGUUUCUGAAGCGGCUCCUCCACAUAAGUCUGUUCUUGUUGGUGAUUUGAAAUUGGCAGAUAUCAAACAGUUUCUCUCUGGCAAGGGUGUUCAGGUGGAGUUUGCUGGUGGGGCUUUACGUUGUGGUGAAUACGUAACUCUUCGGAAAGUUGGGGAUGCAACUCAGAAGGGUGGUGGUUCUGGUGCUCAGCAAAUUGUUAUUGAAGGUCCUCUGUGUGAAGAUUACUAUAAAAUUCGUGACUAUCUCUAUUCACAAUUUUAUUUGCUUUAGAUUUGGUUGGACUAGUGGAAAGGCUGAUCAUGGAUUUCUUUCCUUUUCUGACACAACAAACUAGAGCUGUUUUUCUGAUAAGAUAGAGAACACAAUUGCUCGGUGAAUGCACAAGGAUUCAAGACUAAAUAGGUAUGAGUAGCAAUGCUGGGACAGCUGCAAACUGGCUCAUUUAGGUAGCCAUUUGACACAAGAUUCCCAAUGCCCCUUACUGAAAUCACGGCACAUCAUUUUCGUCUUUGUAUCUCUGAUUUAUGCCAACCAUCACUAUUUCUGGUGGGUGUGAACUUCUCUGCAGAUAGAUACUUUUCAAGUGUGUUUUCUCUUUGUACAAUUAUAGAAAAGGAAAUGUAAUUUAUUGUUCAUGUGUAGGCUUCAGAUUUUGUUAGGUUAUUCGUCUGUCACAUUCAGUUUUCACACUAACGUGAAAUUAGACUGACAAAAUGAGUGUGUAUGUUUUAUCCUUGUUAAUUUGACUAACAUCACUGAACAAAAUUACAGCUUAAUCACAUCUGUCCUAUUGAUUUUAAUGUC